CGGCUGCGGCUCGAGUGAGAGCCCGGUUUACCGCGCCCAGCCGGGUCCUGGGGGAGAGCCGCGCGCGGGCGAGCGGGCGCCGCGUCCCGCUCCUCAGGCAGGGGGGCGAGCCGGCUCCCGUGCUCCGCCAGCUCCCGGUGGUUUCUUAGAAACAUGAUUGUUUGUUGGACUUGAUCUCACAUCCUGGUGAGGACUUCUUUACUGAUAAUGUCAAGUUCAGGUUACCCCCCCAACCAAGGAGCAUUCAGCACAGAACAAAGUCGUUAUCCUGCCCACUCCGUUCAGUAUACUUUUCCCAGCACCCGUCACCAGCAGGAGUUUGCAGUCCCUGACUAUCGAUCUUCUCAUUUGGAAGUCAGUCAGGCAUCACAGCUUUUGCAGCAGCAACAGCAACAGCAGCAGCUUCGCAGGCGACCUUCUUUGCUUUCAGAAUUUCACCCAGCCCCUGACAGGCCUCAAGAAAGAAGAACUGGAUAUGAACAGUUUCACCCAGGCCCAUCCUCAGUGGAUCAUGAUUCCCUGGAAUCCAAGAGACCACGUUUGGAGCAGGUUUCUGAUUCCCACUUUCAGCGUGUCAGUGCUGCAGUCUUACCACUAGUGCACACACUGCCAGAAGGGUUGAGGUCUUCUGUAGAUGCUAAGAAGGAUCCAGCAUUUGUAGGCAAACAUGAAGCUCCAUCCUCUCCAAUCUCUGGGCAGCCAUGUGGAGAUGAUCAAAAUGCUUCACCUUCAAAACUUUCAAAAGAAGAGUUAAUACAGAGUAUGGAUCGUGUAGAUCGAGAAAUUGCUAAAGUAGAACAGCAGAUCCUUAAACUGAAAAAGAAACAACAACAGCUUGAAGAAGAAGCAGCUAAACCUCCUGAGCCAGAGAAGCCUGUGUCCCCUCCUCCUGUGGAGCAGAAGCACCGCAGUAUUGUCCAAAUUAUUUAUGAUGAGAAUCGGAAAAAAGCAGAAGAAGCUCACAAAAUAUUUGAAGGUCUUGGACCAAAAGUUGAAUUGCCACUCUAUAACCAGCCAUCAGAUACCAAGGUGUACCAUGAGAACAUCAAGACUGGAGUACCUGCAAGGCGCAUGAUGAAAAACCAGGUGAUGAGGAAAAAACUCAUUUUAUUUUUUAAAAGAAGAAAUCAUGCAAGAAAACAAAGGGAACAAAAAAUCUGCCAGCGUUAUGAUCAGCUCAUGGAAGCAUGGGAGAAAAAAGUGGACAGAAUAGAAAACAAUCCUCGGAGGAAAGCUAAAGAAAGUAAAACAAGGGAGUACUAUGAGAAACAAUUUCCAGAAAUUAGAAAACAAAGAGAACAGCAGGAAAGAUUUCAAAGAGUUGGGCAAAGGGGAGCUGGUCUCUCAGCCACCAUUGCUCGAAGUGAACAUGAGAUCUCUGAAAUUAUUGACGGUCUUUCUGAGCAGGAGAACAAUGAGAAACAAAUGCGGCAGCUCUCUGUGAUCCCACCAAUGAUGUUUGAUGCAGAACAGAGACGGGUUAAGUUCAUCAAUAUGAAUGGACUUAUGGAGGAUCCUAUGAAGGUUUAUAAAGAUAGGCAGUUUAUGAAUGUUUGGACUGACCAUGAAAAGGAGAUCUUCAAGGACAAAUUUAUUCAGCAUCCCAAAAAUUUUGGAUUGAUUGCAUCCUAUUUGGAAAGGAAGAGUGUUCCUGAUUGUGUUUUAUACUACUAUUUAACUAAGAAAAAUGAAAACUAUAAAGCCCUUGUAAGAAGAAAUUAUGGAAAACGGAGAGGAAGAAACCAGCAAAUUGCCCGGCCAUCACAAGAAGAAAAAGUAGAAGAAAAAGAGGAAGAUAAAGUAGAAAAAACAGAAAAAAAAGAAGAAGAAAAGAAAGAUGAAGAUGAAAAAGAUGAGAAGGAUGACUCUAAAGAAAAUAACAAGGAAAAGGACAAAACAGAAGGCACUGCUGAAGAAACUGAGGAACGAGAGCAGGCCACACCUCGCGGUCGUAAAACUGCCAACAGUCAGGGGCGCCGCAAGGGCCGGAUCACACGGUCCAUGACCAGUGAAGCUGCGGCAGCCAGUGCUGCGGCCGCUGCUGCCAUGGAGGAGCCUCCGCCGCCUCUGCCCCCGCCACCAGAGCCCAUUUCUUCAGAACCUGUAGAAACUUCUCGAUGGACUGAAGAAGAAAUGGAAGUUGCUAAAAAAGGUCUUGUAGAACAUGGUCGUAACUGGGCAGCCAUUGCCAAAAUGGUGGGAACUAAAAGUGAAGCUCAAUGUAAAAACUUCUAUUUUAACUAUAAAAGGAGACAUAAUCUUGACAACCUUUUGCAGCAGCACAAACAGAAAACUUCACGAAAGCCCCGUGAAGAACGAGAUGUUUCUCAGUGUGAAAGUGUAGCAUCUACUGUUUCUGCUCAGGAAGAUGAAGAUAUUGAAGCCUCUAAUGAAGAAGAAAAUCCAGAAGACAGUGAAGGUGCUGACAAUAGUUCUGAUACAGAAAGUGCUCCUUCUCCUUCACCAGUUGAAGCUGUCAAGCCCAGUGAAGAUAGCACUGAUAAUGCUACUUCUCGAGGAAACACUGAACCUGUGACUGAGCUUGAGUCUUCCACUGAAACCAUACCCAAUGCAUCUCCCCCUUCAGCAGUUCCAAAAUCAGCUGAAAAUGAAAGUGUGGAGACCCAGGCCAAUGACUCCAUCAGCACUGAGCCGGCAGAGCCUAUGGACAUUGAACACCAGGAGUGCACUGCUGAAGUGACUUCUGUCCUUGAUCUCCCCACAACAACUAAAGCAGACUCUACAGAUGUUGAAAUGAGGGUGCCUGAAAACAACCCAUCUAAAGUCGAAGGUGAUACCAAAGAAAGAGACCUGGAGAGAGGCAGUGAGAAUACAGAGCUUAGAGAUGAAGAUUUGGUAUUGACUCAGCAAAUCAGUGCCCAAAGAGCUGAGCCGCAGUCGGAUAAUGAUUCCAGUGCCACCUGCAGUGCUGAUGAAGAUGUGGAUGGAGAGCCAGAGAGGCAGAGAAUAUUUUCUAUGGACACAAAGCCUUCAUUGUUAAACCCCACUGGAUCUAUACUGGUCUCAUCCCCAAUAAAACCAAAUCCACUGGAUCUCCCACAGCUACAGCAUCGAGCUGCUGUUAUCCCACCCAUGGUUUCCUGCACGCCGUGCAGUAUACCAAUCGGAACGCCAGUGAGCGGCUAUGCUCUCUACCAGCGGCACAUCAAGGCAAUGCAUGAGUCAGCUUUGCUGGAGGAGCAGCGACAAAGGCAAGAACAGAUAGAUUUGGAAUGUAGAAGUUCCACAAGUCCAUGUGGGAGUUCUAAGAGUCCAAGCAGAGAGUGGGAAGGAAAAUCAGUCGCCUAUAUGCCUUAUGCUGAGGUCAAACGUGCUCUAGAACAGGAAGCACAGAUGCACAAUACUGCAGCAAGGUCAGCCUCACCGUGUAGGCUCUCACCAAGAGAAGUCAGUAAAGCCGCUCCACAGCCUGAUAUGAGUGCAGCCCGCUAUAGUGUCCCUCCAGUCCUCCAGCCUGCUCCACAUCAAGUGAUAACUAAUCUCCCUGAAGGGGUUCGGCUUCCAACGACUCGACCCACUAGGCCGCCUCCUCCUCUCAUCCCAUCAUCUAAAACCGCAGUGGCUACAGAAAAACCAUCUUUUAUACUGGGAGGCUCCAUCUCACAGGGAACACCUGGCACUUAUUUGACUUCUCAUAAUCAGGCUUCCUACACUCCAGAAACAGCAAAGCCCUCGGUGGGAUCUAUAUCACUUGGACUGCCACGGCAACAGGAGCCUUCCAAAUCAGUUUCUGUGCCCUACAUCAAGCAGGAAGAAUUUUCUCCUCGAAGUCAAAACUCACAGCCUGAAGGUCUAUUGGUCAGGGCCCAACAUGAGGGUGUGGUCAGAGGCACCACAGGAGCUAUUCAAGAAGGUAGUAUAACUCGAGGAACUCCAACCAGCAAAAUUUCAGUGGAAAGUAUCCCCUCACUGCGGGGUUCAAUCACUCAGGGUACCCCUGCUUUGUCCCAGGCUGGUAUACCAACUGAAGCAUUGGUGAAGGGAUCCAUUUCUAGAAUGCCCAUUGAAGAAAGCAGUCCUGAGAAAGGCAGAGAGGAAGCUGCAUCCAAAGGCCAUGUUAUUUAUGAAGGAAAAAGUGGACACAUUUUGUCAUAUGAUAAUAUCAAGAAUGCCAGAGAAGGAACAAGGAGUCCAAGAACAGCUCAUGAAAUCAGUUUGAAAAGAAGCUAUGAAUCAGUGGAAGGAAAUAUAAAGCAGGGCUUGUCAAUGAGGGAGUCUCCUGUCUCAGCACCACUAGAGGGAUUGAUAUGCCGAGCAUUACCCAGAGGUAGCCCUCAUUCUGAACUCAAAGAAAGGACUGUGCUGUCAGGUUCCAUAAUGCAGGGCACACCAAGAGCAGCAACCGACAACUUUGAAGAUGGCCUUAAAUAUCCCAAACAAAUUAAAAGGGAGAGUCCUCCCAUACGGGCAUUUGAAGGUGCCAUUACCAAAGGAAAACCUUAUGAUGGCAUUACCACUAUCAAAGAAAUGGGGCGUUCCAUACAUGAGAUUCCCCGGCAAGAUAUUGUAACUCAGGAAAGCCGAAAAACUCCAGAAGUGGUACAGAGCACAAGGCCGAUAAUCGAGGGGUCCAUCUCCCAGGGUACACCAAUAAAAUUUGAUAGCAACUCAGGUCAAUCCGCCAUCAAACACAAUGUCAAAUCCUUAAUCACGGGGCCCAGCAAACUACCCCGUGGGAUGCCUCCAUUGGAAAUUGUACCAGAAAACAUAAAAGUGGUAGAGCGGGGGAAAUACGAGGAUGUGAAGACAGGUGAGCCAGUUCGCUCCCGGCACACAUCAGUGGUAAGCUCUGGCACCUCCGUGCUGAGGUCAACACUUCAUGAAGCUCCCAAAGCACAGUUGAGCCCUGGGAUUUAUGAUGAUAACAGUGCACGGCGGACUCCUGUGAGUUACCAAAACACCAUCUCCAGGGGCUCACCCAUGAUGAGCAGAACUUCUGAUGUUACAAUUUCUUCUAGCAAGUCUACCAAUCAUGAAAGAAAAUCAACACUGACCCCUACCCAAAGGGAGAGCAUACCAGCCAAGUCCCCAGUCCCUGGGGUGGACCCUGUAGUAAGCCACAGCCCUUUUGACCCCCACCAUAGGGGCAGCACUGCAGGAGAGGUUUAUCGGAGUCAUCUUCCUGCACACUUGGACCCAGCCAUGCCAUUUCACAGAGCUCUGGACCCUGCAGCUGCUGCUUACCUGUUUCAGAGACAGCUUUCACCAACCCCAGGCUACCCGAGUCAGUAUCAGCUUUAUGCAAUGGAGAACACCAGACAGACAAUCCUCAAUGACUAUAUUACCUCACAGCAGAUGCAAGUGAACUUGCGCCCAGAUGUGGCUAGAGGACUCUCCCCACGGGAGCAGCAGCUGGGUCUCCCAUAUCCAGCAACAAGGGGAAUCAUUGACCUGACCAAUAUGCCUCCAGCGAUUUUAGUGCCUCACCCAGGAGGAACAAGUACUCCUCCCAUGGACAGAAUCACUUAUAUUCCUGGUACCCAGAUUACUUUCCCUCCAAGGCCAUACAACUCUGCUUCUAUGUCUCCAGGACACUCAACGCACCUUGCAGCAGCUGCAAGUGCUGAGAGAGAGCGUGAGAGGGAACGUGAAAGGGAGCGCGAGCGGGAGAAGGAACGGGAGCGGGAACGGAUUGCUGCAACAUCCUCAGACCUCUACCUUCGGCAAGGCUCAGAACAGCCUGGAAGACCUGGCAGUCAUGGUUACGUUCGCUCCCCAUCCCCUUCAGUAAGAACUCAGGAGCCCAUAUUGCAACAGAGACCCAGCAUUUUCCAGGGAACCAAUGGAACCAGUGUAAUUACACCUUUGGAUCCAAAUGCUCAGCUCCGAAUCAUGCCACUGCCUGCUGGGGGCCCUUCAAUAAGUCAAGGUCUGCCAGCCUCCCGUUACAACACAGCUGCAGAUGCCCUGGCUGCUCUUGUGGAUGCUGCAGCUUCCGCCCCGCAGAUGGAUGUUUCCAAAACAAAAGAGAGUAAGCAUGAAGCUGCCAGGGUAGAAGAAAAUUUGAGAAGCAGGUCAGCAGCAGUUAGUGAACAACAGCAGCUAGAACAGAAAACCAUGGAGGUGGAGAAGAGAUCUGUUCAGUGUCUGUACACUUCUUCAGCUUUUCCAAGUGGCAAGCCCCAGCCUCAUUCUUCAGUAGUUUAUUCAGAGGCUGGGAAAGAUAAAGGGCCUCCUCCAAAAUCCAGAUAUGAGGAAGAGCUAAGGACCCGAGGGAAGACUACCAUUACUGCAGCUAACUUCAUAGACGUGAUCAUCACCCGGCAAAUUGCCUCGGACAAGGAUGCAAGGGAACGUGGCUCUCAAAGUUCAGACUCUUCUAGUAGCUUAUCUUCACACCGGUAUGAAGCACCUGGUGAUGCUAUUGAGGUGAUAAGUCCUGCCAGCUCACCUGCUCCCCCUCAGGAAAAGCUCCAGGCCUACCAGCCAGAGGUCGUCAAGGCCAGUCAAGCAGAAAGUGAUGCCAGCAGACAGUAUGAAGGCCCAUUACAUCACUACCGAUCACAGCAGGAGUCCCCGUCUCCACAGCAGCUGCCCCCCUCUGCACAGGCAGAGGGGGUGGGACAAGUGCCCAGGACCCACCGACUGAUCACACUUGCUGAUCACAUCUGUCAAAUUAUCACACAGGAUUUUGCUAGAAAUCAAGUUUCCUCACAACCACCCCAGCAGCCUCCCACUUCUACAUUCCAAAGCUCAUCUUCUGCUCUGGUAUCUACACCUGUACCUGUAAGGACAAAAUCUUCAAAUCGAUAUAGCCCAGAAUCCCAGUCUCAGUCUGUCCACCAUCAAAGACCAGGAUCAAGAGUCUCUCCAGAAAAUAUGGUGGACAAAUCCAGGGGAAGGCCUGGAAAAUCCCCAGAGAGGAGUCAUGUCUCUUCAGAGCCCUAUGAGCCCAUCUCCCCACCCCAAGUUCCAGUUGUGCAUGAGAAACAAGACAACAUGCUGCUAUUGUCUCAGAGAGGAGCAGAGCCGGCAGAACAGAGGAAUGAUUCCCGCUCACCUGGAAGUAUAAGCUACUUGCCUUCAUUCUUCACCAAGCUUGAAAACACAUCACCCAUGGUUAAAUCAAAGAAGCAGGAGAUUUUUCGUAAGUUGAACUCCUCUGGUGGAGGUGACUCUGAUAUGGCUGCUGCCCAGCCAGGAACUGAGAUCUUUAACCUGCCAGCAGUCACUAGUUCAGGCUCAAUUAGUUCUCGAGGUCAUUCUUUUGCUGAUCCUGCCAGUAAUCUUGGUCUAGAAGACAUUAUCAGAAAGGCUCUCAUGGGAAGCUUUGAUGACAAAGUUGAGGAUCAUGGAGUUGUCAUGUCUCAGUCUGUGGGAGUUGUGGCUGGUGGUGCCAACACCUCAGUUGUGACCAGCACUGAGACAAGGAGAGAGGAAGGGGACCCAUCACCUCAUUCAGGAGGAGUUUGCAAACCAAAGCUGAUCAGCAAGUCAAACAGCAGAAAGUCUAAAUCUCCUAUUCCUGGGCAAGGCUACUUAGGAACAGAACGACCCUCUUCUGUCUCCUCUGUACAUUCAGAAGGGGAUUACCACAGGCCAGCGCAAGGGUGGGCCUGGGAAGAUAGGCCAUCCUCAACAGGUUCCACUCAGUUUCCAUAUAACCCUCUGACUAUGCGGAUGUUAAGCAGUACCCCACCAACACCCAUUGCAUGUGCUCCAACUUCUAUGAACCAAGCAGCUCCUCACCAACAGAACAGGAUCUGGGAGCGAGAGCCUGCCCCACUGCUCUCAGCACAGUAUGAGACACUGUCGGACAGUGAUGACUGAACUGUUCAGAGAAGCAAUCUUGGAAGGGCCAGUAUGUGGGCAAGGAAUGUCAAGUUUUGGGUGGCUUAAUUUUAUUUGCAGGUCGAAAACCUGCCCCUCCUACAAUUUGUGCCCAGAGACUUUUCCCAAGAGCCUGGACCAUGGAUGAAGAAAUGAUGAAAAUUUAUUUGGAGAGUCAAAUGGGAGGAGGGAUCCAGCCUUUGACAUAGGCAAUUCAGUGAAUAAUGAUAGAGCAGGGCUGGAAUGUAGUUUUUUAAAAAAGUGGACAAUUCUGUUCGUAUAUUUCUUUGUAAAGAAAACCAUAAUGUCUUUAAAUCACUCUUCUGUAAAUAGAUGAUCUUUUUGCAGUGUUUCCCUUCACUGUAGUAGCCGGUGUACUUAUGUUCAAAGUAGCACAUCAACUUUGGGGGGUAACUUUUAAAUCUCUUUUCAUCGGUCUUUCUAACUCUCACCUUCUAAACAACCUCACACAGCUCAGCUACAUAAUGUUGGCUGUAAUGGGCAUUGUACUUUUAUCCAGUUUUGUUUUCCUCUAAACCCAGCUUUCCAGUGAUGUUUAAAAUCUUGUGGAAAUAUUUAGAUUUUUAACACAGACCCUGUCAUAAAAAUCUGUAUAUUAACAUAGUAGGGUUGAAAGGCAGGAGAGACAAAAUCCUGCUGUACUGUAAAUUUCCAGUGCAGACUUUUAAUUUUUUUAUAUAUAUUAGUAACACUGAAAAAAAUUGCAUGGGGAUAUUAUAGUUCAGUUUUUAAACUUUUAAAUGCUUAUUUGAGCAUACCUCACUGUUAUGCACCACUGGUAAUUUUACUAUGCCCCAGGUAUUCCCCCCCCCCCCAUUUGAUGCAGCCCAUCAAGGUUUUUGUUUUGAAAUAAAUUUGACUACCCUGUCCAUA